AUGCAAAGAUUUCUAGAUGCUUCCAGAAAGUAUGGGAUCACAUUUAAUGAAGACAAAAGUACGAUAGCCACUGACAAAGUUUGCCUAUUGGGAUACGAAAUUUCUAAAGGCCUUCUCAAGCCAGACCCUGAAAGAUUCCAGGCUUUAAGAAACCUUCCUCCCCCUCAUGAUAUGCGCUCACAAAAACGGAUCGUGGGCAUGUUGGCGUACUACUCACAGUGGAUCCCAAAUUUUUCUAACAAAAUAAAUGUUUUGGCAAAUAACACGUCGUUCCCUCUUUCAGAAACAGUAAAGACAGCCCUUAACGAAUUAAAGCAGGAGCUGGAGAAAGCUGCCAUCUUCACCAUCGACUAUACUCGACCUCUGACGGUUGAAACAGACGCUUCGGAUGUUGCAAUAGCUGCCACCCUCAACCAGGAUGGCCGCCCCGUGGCGUUCUUUUCAAGAACACUCUCGAAAAGUGAAAGGCGGCACUCAGCUAUAGAAAAAGAAGCUUAUGCCAUUGUAGAAUCUUUAAGGAAAUGGCACCACUACUUAGUAGGAAAUCGCUUUACCCUUGUCACGGAUCAACGCUCUGUGGCCUUCAUGUAUGACAAACAGAGCAAAGGGAAAAUAAAGAAUGAGAAAAUUCAAAGGUGGAGACUGGAACUGAGGUGUUUCCACUACGAUGUCUUGUAUAGACCAGGCAAACACAAUGUAGCGGCUGAUACGUUUUCUAGAAACGGGUGUGUGUCAGCUAUGAGUCGAAAUGAAUUGAAACUGCUCCAUGACUCUCUGUGUCAUCCGGGAGUAACAAGACUAUGGCAUUUAGUGCGAGCGAAAAACUUACCUUUCUCUUGUGAAGAUGUUAGGCUGGUUGUCAACCAAUGCAGAAUCUGUGCCGAAGUAAAACCCAGAUAUUUCAGUAAUUCUAAUGGAACUCUAAUUAAGGCGAUGCAACCUUUCCAGAGACUAAGUAUGGACUUCAAAGGACCGCUCCCUUCUACAUCUCGGAACACAUACCUGCUAACUAUAGUUGACGAAUUUUCAAGAUUCCCGUUUGCAUACGCCUGUUCUGAUAUGUCGGCUUCAACAGUAAUCAGAUGUCUAGAUAAUUUAUUUGGACUAUUCGGAAUGCCUGACUAUGUACACUCUGAUAGAGGUACCUCAUUCAUGUCAAGAAAGGUGCAGGAAUUUUCACACGAGAGAGGGGUGGCCACAAGCAGGACGACCCCUUAUAAUCCCAGAGGGAACUCUCAAGUAGAAAGGCUAAACGGGUCAUUAUGGAAAGCUAUAACUCUGGCCUUAAAAACUCAAGGACUCCCGGUUUCCAAAUGGGAGCAGGCGUUAAACCAAGCCCUGCACUCUCUUCGUUCUCUGCUCUGUACCGCUACAAACGAGACACCUCACGAGAGAAUAUUCAAGUUCUAUCGCAGGUCCACCUUCGGCAAAUCACUCCCGACAUGGUUAGCUCAACCAGGAAAAGUGUUGUUAAAAAAGGGAGUCCGUGCAUCAAAAUAUGACGAUGGUACAAUAGCUGUGGACUUAAUUACAUGCAACCCACAGUAUGCCAUUGUAAGACUUCCUGAUGGAAGAGAAGAAACAGUGUCAUUGCGACAUUUGGCCCCCGUUCCAAGAGAGGGAGAAUCAGAGGUGUAUCAACAUAUGGAACAUGAAGAAUUUGAGCCGGAGACAAACCCUAUAACACAGAUGCAGGUGCCUACUGACCAUGUGACUAUAGAACCAAUGGCUGCUCCUAACACAUUUGUACAACAAGGGGAAAAUGGACAUCAAGAAGAAGUAAAUGCAGGGGCUGAGUCUCCUGUUAGAGAGCCUUCGAUGUCACCAACUCCAAGCGACGGCAGUAUUGGUCCUGGUACAGAGGCAGACGAUCUGUUCAAGGUGCAGAGGCAGACGAUCUGUUCAAGGUGCAGAGGCAGACGAUUUGUUCAAGUUACAGAGGCAGACGAUCUGUUAAAGGUGCAGAGGAAGACGAUCUGUUCAAGGUGCAUGGGCAGAUGA